CAAAAAAUCCAAAAUGGCCGACUUGAAAUGAGAGAGAAACGAAUGAAAAAUUUUCCGGUUCCAUAGGCAAUGUCCCGCUUGGCCGACUACUUUAUCGUGAUUGGAUAUGAUCACGAUAAAGACAGAAAUGGGUCAAGUGAGGGACGGAUUAUUCAACGAUUUCCAGAGACAGACUGGGAAUCUUGUCCAUUUACCCAGAGCAUCGAAUUGUUUUGUCGGCCAAUCGGAUGGACCCUCUCGGCACAAAGGCAGCCACCGGAAUUCUUUGUGGCGGUCCUAACGGACAUCGACGCGGACCGCCACUACCUGUCUGUCCUGACAUUCAGCGAGAGUGUCGCCAUCUCGCCCACAAAGUCAGACGAUGGCGACUCAGAGGAAGACUCAGCUGUUACAAUACAUUCCCUCAUGUACUCCCCCAAAUGUCUCGUACUCGUCUCAAGGCUUGACUACUUUGAAACAUUCAAGAACUGCCUGGGCAUUAUCUACACAGCUUAUGUAGACAAGCUAGAUGUACAGCUGGAGGCACUGGUGGGGAACAUCCUGGGCUGUGUUCAGGUCCCUCCCCCAGGUGGUCCUCAGGUUCGGUUCUCUAUAGGAGCGGGGGACAGACAGGCCCUGCAGCCCCCAGUCAGUGGAACUGUCCCCUCCUCACACAGUGCCACAGCACUGCUAUUUCAACAGCUAGGAAUACAGAAUGUGCUGACCCUGUUCUGUGCAGCGCUCACGGACCACAAAAUACUCUUCCAUUCUCAAAGUUAUUCCCGCCUCACAGACGCAUGUCAGGCCAUCAACAUCCUUCAGUACCCUCUCAAAUACAGUUAUGUGUAUGUCCCUAUCUUGCCGGCCCCGCUUUAUGAGGUCCUGAACACACCCACACCGUUUAUCGCAGGAGUCCAUUCCUCCCUGGCUGAUGAUACUGCUGAUCUGGUGGAUGUGAUCGUGGUGGAUCUUGAUGGUGGGAGUGUCCAUAUCCCGGAGUGUGUCAACCUCCCCACGCUGCCGGAGCCAAUGGUGUCCCGUGCCAAGAAAGCCCUCACCAUGAUAGAUAUAUCUUCAAUAUCUACAUGUACUUGGUCAGAAAUGGUGAUGAAUGCUGACUUACUGAUGGCCGACUAUGCAUUUCCUCCACCCUCACCAAAGAAACCUCCUUCAUUGGAACAAAAGGAUAAAGAAAUUCGUGCAAUAUUUAUUCGUUUUUUUGCUGAGCUCCUGACAGGCUACAGAUCCUGUUUGACUGUGAUUAGAAUACACCCAGAACCGUUCAUCACCUUCCACAAAGCAAACUUUCUGGGCCAUAGAGGAAUGGUGGAUGCUGAAUUCGUCGUACGAGUCUUGGAGGGAAUGGGUUUUGGAACAUUUGUGGCUGAGAGGGGAAACCCCUACAGAGCCUGUGAUAUUUUUGAUGAGGUCUAUGCAAACAUCCAUGACCAGCUGACAGUAGAGUCUGCAGACCCAGACAAGUUUAUGGAACACAUCAAAGAUCUGGCCAAGCAGCUCCACACCAAUGAAAGUCCAAACCCACAGCCCUAUGUACAGAAAGUUCCCAAACCAACCGAGGGGGCAUACAACAGAAUCCACCAGACACCGUUUCCUAUCUUGGAUAGUGAAAAUGUGCACAAAAUCCUGAGAGAAGGCAUUGAAAAGCAAAACAUUAAUAAGAUCCCUUUGCGACCUCACCAAGUGAGGAUCGUUCCCAUGGGAACACCAAUCACAGCUCUUGUUGACAGACAGCGAAUUGUGGACAACAAUGCAAGACGGCUAGAAGUUCUACGGAACUGCAUCAACUUUGUGUUUGACAACAAAAUCUCAGAUGCAAGAAUUAUAUUCCCUGCUGUCCUGCGGGCUCUCAAGAGUCGAGUGGCUCGUCUGGCUCUGACCCAGGAGCUGAGCUAUCAUAUCCGCUCUAACAGGGCAGUGCUGGAACACCAGCAGUUUGAUCUGGUAGUCAAGCUUCUCAACUGCUGCCUACAGAACGACUCAAGCAUGGACGAAAAUGGAGUGGCUGCCGCCAUACUGCCUCUGGCCACAACCUUCUAUCGGAGACUGUGUACGGGGAUCAUCCAGUUUGCCUACACCUGUGUACAGGAGCAUGCUGUGUGGCAGAACAUGCAGUUCUGGGAGGCGGCGUUCUACCUGGACGUCCAGAAACAGAUACAGCAGCUGUACGCACCACACUUUGAGGAGAACCACGUCGGCGAUAAACGAGACAGUUUCCAAAGCUCCCCCACCCACAAAAACAGUGAAUUGAACGUCAGUAAAAAUUGCAAUGGACAGAGUGUGACACAGGAGAAGCGAUCCAGUUAUCGUGCCAGGGAGAUGGGGGCCUUGGAAAUAGCCGCGGAACAGUUACGGACGUGGCCGACCCUGAGUGAGGAGAAGAAGGCAGAGAUGAUCAGCAAUGAGGAGUCGACCGUCUACAGUCAGGCCAUCCACUACGCCAACCGCAUGGUGUACAUGAGGGUGCCCCUAGAGACGCAGAAAACCAUGAAGGCCCUGUCUCCUGAUUGGGAGAGCACCAGCAACAGCAACAUAGCUUCCAGUCUGGCAGACAGUGAAAGUAUCGAUGCUGAAAGUGGGUAUGAUGAAAUGGAGAUCUGUGAUGUGGGCGCCAGCGUGAUUAAGUUUGUGACCCGGUUUGUGGACAAGGUGUGCAAUGAUAGCCGGGUGACACAAGAACACAUCAAGUCCCUCCACCAGAUGAUCCCCGGGGUGGUGGCAAUGCACAUAGAGACCCUGGAGGCUGUUAACAGAGAGAGCAAGAGGUUACCUCCCAUACAAAAGCCCAAGAUUUUGAAGCCGACCCUGUUACCAGGAGAGGAGGUUGUGAUAGAUGGCCUAAGGGUGUACCUGCUGCCUGACGGCCGGGAGGAGGGGCUUGGAGGGAACAUGGGGGGUCCCACACUCCUACCUGCAGAGGGCGCUAUAUCCCUCACCAACUACAGAAUCAUCUUCAAAGGCACUCCUUGUGAUCCUCUCGCCUGUGAGCAGAUAGUGAUCCGAUCGUUCCCCAUCUCCACCCUCACAAAAGAGAAACUAGUCAAACUACAGUACACACCACACAUAGACCAGCUCCCCAAGGAGGGGCUCCAGCUCAGGGCCUGCAUAUUUCAGCUGAUGAAGAUCGCAUUUGACGAGGAAGUAAGUCCUGAUGAUGUGGAGGCUUUCCGUAAGCUGUCCACCAAAUAUCGCAGUCCAACAACCGUGUUCAUGACAUUUGCAUUCGCUGGACAAGCAGUAACCCAACCAAGUGCCAUGCUAAAACCUAUAGAAAAGAAUGCCUCUCUCAAAAACUUUGCUAAAAAGACAAUCAUGAGAACAGCAAGGAAGGCAGGGAUAGCAAAACAGAAAGCACCCAAGAGGAAAUAUGUACUGCCUACUCCCCCAAUGAGUCGACGUAGCAUGUCGCCACGAUCUUCUGCAGGCUCAGACAGUGAAUCGGACAGACCUGCCAGUGAAGCCUUGGAUGACCUCUCAAUAAUUGAUGAGGGAGAGUUUGGGCGAAGUUGGUUGUCUGACCCCAAAGUCAUCGAGAAGUUAAUGGAGCGACCUGGUUACCAGGACUACAUACGGCAGGGAUUCGGAGAUCCUUCAGACGGGACCGCGAGAGGGAAAUCUACGGAACAAUUCCGAGUCUCCACGAUCAAUUCCAACUUCUCUGUGUCCAAAAGUUAUCCUGCUCUCCUGGUUGUUCCUGCCAACUUCCCAGAUGACAGCAUUAGGAAAUUUGCACGGACGCAUAGACAGUACAGAUUUCCUGUUGUGACAUGGCGGCAUCCUCGGACCAAGGCUCUCCUACUAAGGGCCAGUGGUUUUCAUGGUCGUGGUCUGAUGGGCAUGUUGAAAUCUGAUCCUACAACAGGUACAUCAACUGGUGAAAUCUCUGCCACGCUGCAUCAGGAGCGAUACUUCUCUUGUAUUGUGUCCGCCACACCAAACAGCACCAAGUCCUACAAGCCCUCCUACAGUGACUCGCUCACCAGCCUAGACUCGCUCAUGCUCAGUGGAGUUCAGGAUAUCCUCCCAGAAACCCCCGAGGUGGUGCGGCGGUCCCACCCCGCCACAGGGAGCUUGCGUAAUAUCAACAACCCAAAGAGCUCCUCUUUUCGUGACUCUGUGUUCUCCAUUGCCGAGUCUAACCCGGUCACCGGCAGAAGCAGCCUGUUUUUACGGGCUGUCAACAUAUUUCGGCCGGGUGGGGCGCGAAGCUCCCCCAACCUUUUGACUUUACCACGCCGGACUCGAACAUUAAGGAACGCUUGGCCAACAUUUUCUCGGAUUGGCAGUAUCCGAGAGAAACCCCGGGGAAACUCCAACAGCGCCACACUGGACCAUCUGUCUCCUGCAUUACAUCAGAACGGGGGAGUUCACGAUAGGGCAGAUCUACUGCACACCUCUGUACAGGGCCUAAAGAGGGUCGCACUCUAUGUGCUGGGGGAGAAGACACAGAUGAAGGGAAUCAAAGUGGAAUCCUUCCCCAAGUGUGACUUUAUCCCUGUGGAUUUCUUUGAAGUUAGACAUGUUAAGGCCAGCUUUAAGAAGUUAAUGAGGGCAUGUGUACCCAGUGCUCCCCUCACCCAAGAGACAGGCUUCCUAAAGCUUGUUGAGGAGUCAGAAUGGCUACUGCAGGUUCAGAACAUCAUGCAGCUAGCUGGGGCCACAGUAGAUCUGUUAGAUGUUCAGGGCUCCUCUGUCAUGAUCUGCCUGGAAGACGGCUGGGACUGUACAACACAGGUGGUGUCAGUGUCACAGCUGCUCUUGGAUCCAUACUACCGCACCAUUGAGGGAUUCAAAUGUCUAGUGGAAAAAGAAUGGCUGUCGUUUGGUCACCGAUUCACUCACCGUAGCAACCAGACUGUGGCCAAUCAAGCCAGUGGGUUCGCCCCCAUGUUUCUACAGUUUCUGGAUGUUGUCCAUCAGAUUCAUCACCAGUUUCCAUUGUCUUUCGAGUUUAACCAGUUCUUCCUGAGGUUCAUAGCGUACCACUAUGUAUCCAAUCGAUUUCGAACGUUUAUGAUGGACAAUGAGUAUGAACGAGUAGAGGCAGGCUGGUUAAUGGACGACAGGCGAUCCUCAAAAAUCAACCAUGACCAGUCAGAUCUAGACGGCGGAUUUGUUCCGCGGUACCAGCAGUCCAGUCAGGGCUUGUCCAUCUGGGACUACAUUGAGAAGCACCACCGUAAAUCCACGGUCUUCAUGAACUUCCUGUACAGCCCGACGGAUCAGGAUUCAGUCUUGCGUCCGUACUCCAAUCUGUCCAAUCUCAGGAUCUGGGAUUUCUACCUGACGGAGGAUCUGGCUCAUGGCCCCGCCUACGAAAUCGAGACGACCAACAAGGAGAUCCAGAUCAGCGAGGAGGAAAAAACGGACAGUUCCGGGCAGCCACUCCUGAGGAAAAUGGUCAAUGGGUGUUAUGACAAUGUGUCAAUUCAGCUACCCAAUGUGUUUCGACAAAUGUUAUUGGAGUUACACAAACUAGAGACUGACCUUGGACAUUUUCAACAGAAAUGGAAAACUGUGUGGGACAGGCUCGAGUUGCCAACUGGCCAACGAGAGACUAUUCAUAGGAAUUUCUCAUUUAAUACUCAGAUAGUGAAAUCUCAUGGACGCUCAAUACACAAGCGAUCAACCCUGGAAAUUCUAGUGAAAGGGAAGAUGUUAGGAGAGGCUGCUAAAAUGUUUAGUCAGCCCCAUCGCUUUGAGAAAUAUACCUACACUACGCCGGCGUACUGUGAUUAUUGUGGUCAGGUGUUGUGGGGCCUUCUUAAAACAGGGAUGCAUUGUACAGAUUGUGGUUAUAACUGUCAUGAAAAAUGUUUAUCCCAUGUACCGAAAAACUGUACCAAGUUAAAGCUAGUCCCAGACUCCUCCAACAGUAGUGCCAAUGUAUCCAGGUCAUCAGACACAUCCACCCUCAAAAGUGAAGAGCUCCCAGUGGAUACCGGGCCUACAUAUGCAACCUACACCCCAACCACAACCAACACUGAACAAAGCUGUCUGCACAAAGGCUACCUCUACAAGCGCGGGGCCCUGCUGAAGGGAUGGAAACAGCGCUGGUUCGUCCUGGACGCCACAAAACACCAGCUUCGGUACUAUGACUCAGAAGAGGACACAAAUUGUAAGGGCUUCAUAGAAUUGUUUGACGUCCAGUCGGUACAGCCAAUCCGGAAUGUACAGGGUGCCCCCAAAAAGUCGGAUGAAAAUGCUUUUUUUGAGCUGAAGACAAACAGAAGAAUCUACAACUUCCUGGCAGCAGACUCCAAAACCGCCCAGACCUGGAUUGACCGAAUUCACAGCUUUAUCUGAAAACACAUGGAUUAACCAGGUCUAUUUCUGCUGACAGAUGUGUUGGAUGAACAUGGAUCAACUAUCACACAAGUGCCCCUAUCACCUCUCUCUCUCUCUCUGUCUGCUCCUGCUGUUGGGAAUCCUCAGGUGCUGUUGUAAUACAUGUACAUCCUCAUGACACCUCUCUGUCUGUAGAUUGGGAUUUUUGUUUGUUGAUGGAGAAAUGGAUGAUCCUUGUUUAAAAAAUAACCAAAGCUGAAAUGAAGAUAAACUCAACAGCAAAUUUCAGUCAAAUUCUACAACAGGUUCCACACACAGGAACCUCAGGAUUUGAACCGCAGCUUGUCAAACAUGAGAAAAUAUGGACAUCUUUAGAAAAUGAUCAAUGCAGCAACACUGAACAUCAAAACCAAACCAUUCAUGCAUACUUCAUGAAAUCAAGCAAUAUCAGCUGCUCCACUGUGUACAAACCGUGCUUCUGUCUGUCUCUCUGUUAGUGUUUCACACAGAACCCAAGACUGUUACUGCUGAAUGGUGCUUUAUCUGUUCGAUUUAUGUGGAUUUCAUGUGGUGUUAAUGUGGCAUGCAGGAGAUAUGAAGAUAUUGUAAUGGACACACUAGAAAAUGUGCUGGAUGCAUAAUAAGAAUUAAACUCUUUUGAGGGAAAGUUAUUCUGAUGUAUGGACACAGAAGUGGUUGUGAUUGGUCUGAUUUGUGUAUGAAAUGGAUGUCUGGAUUUCACUGCCAUUGAAUUGGAUUAAUGUUAAAAAAAAAAAACACUACUAGAAAUAGCAUUACAUUCAUAAGGUGACACAAAUCUGAACAAAGUAUGGAAGCAGAGUGGUGGUUUUUUUUUUUAUAUGAUCAGUCUGACAUUAAUUUUGUAAAAGGAAAUGAUAUUUUUGUUUGUUCUCAAUUUGUUAGAAGCCAUUGAUAUCAUGCUGUACAAAUCAUUCAUAAUAUUUAUUUAUUUUUUGGUGGUCGCUAGAUUAGAGUGAAUGCAUGUCACAUUGUGUUUUAGUGUCAUAAAAACUUUUUCACAGGUUCUGUACAAUAUGGGGAGGGAAUAAAAGAACGGUAACUGUGCAGGAUUAUUACACAGUUGUCUCCCUUUGUAUCUAUAUCUAUUAUACACAUAUAUGAUUAUCACAGUUUGUGAUCAUCACCAAAAUGGUGACCUUCGCAGGCUUUUGAUGUUGUUUUUUUAAAAGGACAUUUUUUUAUGAACUAGCUAGUCAUGACUGCACUUAUAAAAGAAUUAUAUGAUUCUAGGAAUAAUAAACAUAUGGUCACUUCAUUGAUUCAAUUUUAUGAUCAAAAUAGAUAUUUACAUUUUGAGGAUGUGUGAAUUGCUUUAUAAUGCCAUUUUUUUCCUGAAACUCUAAUCUGCAUAGAAUAUGAAAACAGAUUUUUUUAUCUUGAUAUUUUGAUUAUGAAAGUCUUGUUUUAUUUUCUAACUAUCAGUUGUUAUCAGAUGAAUUCUGUUAGUGUUAACUAGUUUUAGAUCCCAUGACAUUGAACUUUUUUUUUUUUUUUUUUUUUUACAUAAAUUCAUUUUUUAACUUCUAUAGUAGGUUGGUUUUGUUAUGAAAAUGUAAAACUGUUCAAGAACAGUAUUUUUACCUUUUUUUUGGUGCAUUCAAUUUUGAUCAAGUGUUCCCUUUUCUUUCUUUUUCUCUAGUGUGAAACAAGUGUGCAAUCCAUUGAUUUUGAAGUUAAUCAACUUCAUAAUAUCAUGAAAUUAGAAUUCAUCUUGACUUUUAUCUGCUCAACAUCAAUGAAAGCUACUACAGUAUUGGUGAAUUAAAAAAUCCAAAUAUUUUCUGUCUCUCAUGAAAUAAAAGUAAUAAUCUAGAUUCUGUAGGAAAAAUUGUGCAAUAAGAUGUUGUGUGUUUGUAGAAAUAGAAUUGUCAAAUUCAUGUUCUGUUCAUAGAGUCUCUUAUCCUUUUUGUCAGUAUUGUAGAACUUUUUAAAAUGCCAUCACAUUCUUUAAAAAAAAAUUUUAAACAGUGAAUCAUAUGAUCAAAGGAGUUAUGGAGAAGAUAAUGAUUAAACCAUAUUAUUGCCCUAAAACUGUCUUUGCAACAAGAAACUGUAUCUGGUUUUCUAAGUGACAAGUGGUGUUCUUUUAGUCUGGGCAUAAUGUAGAUUACUAGGUAGAAUUACAAAUACAUCUAAUACAUGUAUACACUAAACUUUCCGUGAAAAUAAAAUUUUACCAACCAAUAACACUGAUAAAAAAUUUAACCUACAUUUAUACAACAAUAAUGUCUUCCUUGAAGUGUGGGGGGGGUAUAGGACACAAUUGGUGUUUAAGGCCAGACGACACGUUCCUCAAUUUUAGAUAACUUUUUCCAGGAAUUUGUUAAUGGUUUACUACUACUUUGACAAGCUUUCUUGCAAAAAGUUAGGGUACCUUACCAGGCAUUUCUGCAAAAUACUAGAGUAUGCAAUUUCCUAUAUAAUCUUCUUGAAAAUACACUUGAAUGGCUGAUAUAAAAAUAAAUACAUCUACAGCACAGCGAAAUUCACUAAAUUAGAACUAUAUCUCCGCCGGGGCGGGGCUUUGAACUCACGACCUCUAGAACCUAUACGCUUUUGGCAGAGAGCGGCCACGGUUCUAACCACUCGACCAUGUACACACAUAACCAAAUUCAAGUAAAUUUUGAUCAUUUUUAAAGUAAUUAUAAAAUUAAUAUUUUUUAUUGGAACUCUUUAUUACGAGGAGAUACAAAAAAGAUUCUAGAGGAACGUGUCGUCUGACCUUUAUGGGGUUAAUAUGGUAUUUCAUUUUAUGUAUAGCAUAAUUAAUGUGUAGUAUCUUUGAAAACUUACAUCUUUUAUUUUCAAUUUUUUAAUAAACAUCAAUAACAUGAGAGAAGCUUUAUUUUCAAAGCCAUAGUCAAUUUAUAUACAUAUUUUGUUGCUAUAUACUGUGACUAUAUAGUAUAUAUAUUUAUGAUAUGUAUAUCUAAUAAUGUUUACCAGGUUUCAAAGAUGUGAAUUCAUUUUUUUUUUUUACUUAAGAAUUAUUCAAAUUCAUCCACUUUAGAAGAUUUCAAUAAAAAAAAGAGUUUUAACAUGGAUGCAUAAAUGCAAUUUCAACAAUUUAUAAAUUCAUAAAAAAAAACGAAGUUUAUUUAUGAAUUUAUACAUUCAUAAAAAAACGAAGUUUAUUUAUGAAAGUUUUUAUAAUAGAUAAUUUUUGUUAAUUCAGUAUCACUAUUAUCUACUGUUACAAGUAAGAAAAGAUAAAGAAGCAGUAAUUAGAUGAAUUAAGCUAGGUAGAGAUUGGACUAUAGAUAAGUGUUUGUGUUUUAGACUUACUGUCCAGCAGUGGAUAAGUAUACCAUGUGUUUUAUGUGUGUAUGUUACAUACUGACUUAAAGUACUGAAAUAAACAUCAUCAAACCUGUA